AAGCACACAACAAAUCCAUAAUCACACACACUCUCACGCUUGUUCCAAAAAUUAACCCAAAAAAUGGAACGGCGGCAACAAUCACCACCGCCGACGCCGCCUCCAACACCGCCGUCACGUGUUAUACUCGGGAAAUACCAAAUUACGAAGUUCCUUGGACGCGGAAACUUCGCGAAGGUAUACCAAGCACGUUCACUACAAGACGGUUCAACCGUCGCCGUAAAAGUGAUCGACAAAUCCAAAACGGUAGACGCAUCAAUGGAACCACGAAUCGUUCGAGAAAUCGACGCCAUGCGCCGUCUUCAAAAUCAUCCAAACAUACUCAAAAUCCACGAAGUUUUAGCCACGAAAACUAAGAUCUACCUCAUCGUCGAUUUAGCAGGCGGCGGCGAGCUUUUCUACAAACUCUCACGGCGCGGUAAGUUUUCAGAGUCUCUCGCACGUCGUUACUUUCAACAACUCGUCUCCGCUCUUUGUUUCUGCCACAAAAACGGCGUCGCUCACCGUGAUCUCAAACCGCAGAAUCUCCUUCUCGACGCUGAUGGAAACCUAAAAGUCUCCGAUUUCGGUCUCUCGGCGUUACCGGAACAGCUUAAAAACGGACUCCUACACACCGCUUGCGGCACGCCAGCGUACACCGCGCCGGAGAUUCUCGGCCGGAUCGGUUACGACGGAUCAAAAGCCGACGCGUGGUCGUGCGGCGUAAUCCUCUACGUUCUUCUCGCUGGUCACCUUCCGUUCGACGAUUCCAACAUUCCGGCUAUGUGUAAGAGAAUCACGCGGCGCGAUUAUCAGUUUCCGGAGUGGAUUUCAAAACCAGCGCGUUAUUUAAUCUAUCAGUUACUUGACCCGAACCCGAAAACUCGAAUUAGGUUAGAAAACGUUUUUGGGAACACGUGGUUUAAAAGAUCGUUAAAAGAAGAACCUGAAGAGAAAGUUUUCGAAUUUGAUUUAUAUAAUAAGUAUUGUUGCGAUAAGAAAUUAGAGUUUGGGAUGAAUGCGUUUGAGAUAAUAUCGAUGUCGCCUGGUUUGGAUUUGAGUCGUUUAUUUGAAACGACGUCGUUUAAGAGGGAGAAGAGGUUUAGUUCUAGGGAGGAAAUUGUUGUAGUGGAAGAGAAAGUGAAAGAAAUUGGAGUGAAAUUAGGGUUUAGGGUUGAGAUUGGGAAAAAUGGAGCAAUUGGGUUGGGGAAAGGAAAGGUAACUAUUGUUGUUAAAGUGUUUAAGAUUGUGGAUGAUUUGUUGUUGAUAGUUAUUAAAUUGGAGAGUGGUGGGUAUGAGUUUGAAGAUGUUUAUUGGAAUGAUUGGAAAAUUGGGCUUCAAGAUGUUGUACUUGCUUGGGAUAUGAAUGAAUCCAACUUGGGUAUGUGAUGUUGUUGAUGAUUCAAAAAGAAAGUGUUAUGUAGUCUCUAAUGCAUACUUUAUUUAUUUAUCUGUUUUUGAGGUGUUAGACAAUACACAAUUAUCGCAAUAUAUUAGGUUGUUUGUAGCUUAUUUUCUGAUUCAAAGAUCACUUUUGUACAUGAAAAGAAUAGUGGGUAGUGUUUAUGAUGUUCAAUCAUCUUGAAUCAAUUGUUUUUUUUUAACAA